GUGUGAAGUAAGCUAUUUGUUCUUGUAUGAUAUUAACAGCAAAAGAACAACUUUAUCUCCAACUUAUUUGACCUCAUUAUUUGGCUUGCAGUUAAGCUAGCCUUAUGAAAACUGUUCAGAAAUUAGCCUAUGAGCUAUAGGAUGGAGAUUUAAAUAAUUUGAUCAAAACAUUACAGUAAAUGAUAUUCAGAUUUCCUCUCAAAGGCAGAACUACAACUCGGCAGGUGGAAAACCAACUGAGUUAACAAAACAGAAAGAAGGAAAGAGAAGAUGAAAGACCGACUUCAAGAAUUAAAGCAACGAACAAAGGAAACUGAACUCUCUAGAGAUGGGCAUGUGUCAACCGCAGAGGCAGAGGAACAAGGGGAGUUCCUACAGCAAGCUGUUAUUUAUGAAAGAGAGCCUGUAGCUGAGAGGCAGCUACAUGAGGUCCAAAAAUUACAGGAGAGUAUUAACAAUCUAACACAUCAUGUUCAAAAAUUUGGGCAGCAACAAAAACUUCUCAUGGCUUCAAUGAGAAGGUUUAGUCUACUUAAAAGAGACGCUAGCAUUACAAAGGAGAUAAAAAUCCAAGCAGAACACAUUAAGAGAAAUUUGGAUGAUUUAAGGAAAGACAUUAAAAAGUCAGAGGAAGAAAAUGGUCCAUCAGCAGUGGUCACCAGGAUACUUAAAUCUCAGCAUGCUGCCAUGUUUCGCCAUUUUCAGCAAACUAUGUUUGCAUACAAUGACACAAUAGCAGCAAAGCAAGAGAAGUGUAAGACAUUUAUUUUUCGUCAGCUUGAAGUUGCUGGAAAGGAAGUGUCUGAAGAAGAAGUAAGUAAUAUGCUUGAUCAAGGAAAAUGGGAAGUUUUCACUGAAAGCUUACUUACAGAAAUCACUAUCACUAAAGCACAACUCUCAGAGAUUGAACAGAGACACAAGGAACUUGUUAACCUGGAGAACCAAAUAAGGGAUCUAAGGGACCUUUUCAUUCAGAUAUCUCUUUUAGUAGAGGAACAAGGAGAAAGCAUCAACAAUAUUGAAAUGAUAGUGAACAGUACAAAAGAAUAUGUUAGCAUUACUAAAGAGAAAUUUGGACUGGCUGUAAAAUACAAGAAAAGAAAUCCUUGCAGAGCAUUGUGUUGUUGGUGCUGUUCACCCUGUAGCUCUAAAUAAAGAAGGUAUUUU